GAAACAUCACCAUCGUUCGUAUAAUGGUAUCUGAGCCUGAGCAAUUGUAUCGCGACAAUGGGAGAUUUGGUUCCAAUCAGCUGAUACGGUCCGCUCGAAGUCCUUGGCACCAUCUGGGGGGAGUUACAAACGACGCUCAAGCCAUGGAUAUGAACCAGCGCCGGCAAUCCAAACCACUAGUACUCGACCAUCGAACUACCCCAGAGGUGUCCAUGCUAAACCACAACACCCCAAAUUCAAUUGAUGAAAGACGAUGGGGAAGAUACCUGGAAAGAUUUCCCAAAGUGAAAACUGAGAAUUCAAAAGUUGUUCCACCGCCGCCGAUGAUUGUCCUUCAGCGUUCAAAUGACCCUGCGCCUACCUCGGUCAUUCUUGCACCUGAGAAGAUGGAUAUAAGUACCGUGUCAUCACUAAGCCAUUCUUCGGUGCCAAAUGUCGAUCGAGAUCAGUAUUCGACAAUCUCACGUUGGCGAGAAUCGCAAUUGCUGCAGACUGGAGCCAACCCACAAUCCGCCACGAAAAUUACCAGAAAACUAGAAGGACUUAUUCAAAGCUGGGUCACUACCAUGGAAGCACAACAAAAUCAUGAUGCGACGAAGGAACAACGUCGAUUCGAGAGAAUUCGCAAUGUCAAUGGUGAGGGAAAAUCACAAAAACAGGUCGCCUUGAAUGAUCUGGACGGGAUUACCCUAGAAAGAGAGAUAUCCUACCUUCUUGACCGGUUGGCAUCUCUCAAUACGCUGCUCGAAGGGAGCACAUCCGACCCUGUUCUUGGUGCACGUUUCCGCGCAUACGCAGUCUUAUCCGACGAAGCUCAUCAGAGCUGGGCAGAGACCAGCAAAACAGCCAAUCAUAAAUCUGGAGGGCCAUUGUAUGAACCUUUGACCCUUAGGCAGCUGCUACUGGAGAGGCUCUACAACAGUGGCAUGUCAUGCCAGAAACCGUCGUUUGCCACGAAAUUGGUCGGCCGGAACGGGUUAGAUGAGCCUCUAACGAAAAGAGAAAUUGAGAAAUUCAAAGGACAAAUGAAUGGAGAUUAUGACUCCAUAAAGUUCAGUUACGCAGCUGACAUCUAUAUCUGCGCUGUCUGCGAACUGCCGAAAUUUCGCUUUCGUGGUCAAGAAAACUGGGGUAAAGUGGUGGACGAUUUCCAUCAUACUUUGGCUAGCUGCCCAGGCGAGAAGCAGAUUGUUUGUCGUAAAUGUUAUGGAGAAGCUGUACUGCAGAAUAUCUAUCAUAUGUGGUGGCAAUCUAUCGGUAAUGACCUGGGAGUAUGGAUGCAAUGUCCUGUAGAAAACUGCAGACAUCCACUUCCAAGCGAAUUAUUUCAGCAAAACACAACAUCGCAAACGCUGAAAUCGCUACUUGACAGAAAUGAUGUCAACCAUCACAUACUCACGUUCUCAAGAGUAAUCAGGAUCCGAGAAGAGUUGAGUAAGUUCCUACCAGAAAUUGAUGAGGUUGGGAUGUGGAUUUGCUCCAAGUUACAAAAGCGUCUGAAAGAGGUCGAGCACGCAAGGAAACUGGUUAGUGCACGAUCGAGCCUGACCAAAGUUGAAGAUUUGGAUAUCAAAGUACUGCCAGUACAUCAUGUCAAAAAAGAUGUGAUUGGAAAAGUCCCAAUAUUCACUGGUCUGCUUUGGAAGGUGCCAAAGGAAUGUUGUAUCUGUAUGGAGGAAUAUCAAGAAUAUGAUAAUCUUAGGACAGGAGAUUCCACAUGGAAGACAAUAGCCACCGAGUUCGCCGGCGAGUGGACGUGGCAAAUCUUCCACUUCCCAACCAAAGAGAUACUGUCCUGCGGCCACCCGUUCGAUAUUUGUCGCGCGUGUAUCGCAGCGCACAUUAAGGCUCAAAUUACAAGAGAAGGCGGCUGUGUCAAUGACAUUCGAUGCCCCUAUUCUUCGUGCGAACGCGUAUUGACGCACAACGAGCUGCAACAUCUAGCGAGUCCCGCAGACUUUGCGAAAUACGACCAACUUUGCACGAUUGAGGCCUUGACUGAUGACAAAAGCUUUGUCUGGUGUCUACGAAAAGGCUGUGGCUCUGGCGCAUCAUACGUGCCAAUCACACCUAACAGCAAGCUCCAACUCAUCCACUGUCACGAGUGCCAGUUUCGGAUGUGUUUUGAGCACAAAUGUCCUUGGCACGAGGGCAUGACCUGCGCCGAGCUCGUUGAUAGUGAAAGGUGUCAGGAAUCCCAGAAUUGGAUCAUGCGGAAUACGAAGCCGUGCCCAGGCUGCAACAUACGAAUUCAAAAAGGCGAGGCCUGCUUUCAUAUGAGAUGCCCAAGGCCGAACUGCAAGUAUGAGUUUUGUUGGGAGUGUCUUGCUGAUUGGAAGGAAAUCUACGAGAUACGCAGUGUCUAUGGCCCGAGCUAUAAUAGACAGGCUCAUCGUACAGGGUGCCCUUUUAGAGACGCCCAUGCGCCCAUGCCUUUUAAUCGCCUCACGGCAGUGUGCUAUGCCGAGAAGCAGCACGUCAAUCAUCAAGUCACUGCUACGCCAGUCAGUGGGCUUUCACACGCGCUUUGGCAGAUGUUACAACAUCGCUCUAGCAGGGUUCAUCCACAGUAUGGCGUGGAAUACGUUUCUAACGAAUUGUACCUUUCCUUCCAGUGGAGUGAACUAUAUCGCUGCUCCGCCACUGCGCUCUACUUUGGCGAUAGUAUGGCCGUGCGUCUUAACUUUGCUGGCAUCCAUCUAUACAGUUCUCCACCUAAACAUCAUGGCAGACACGUCGGAGAAGUUCAAGGCCUCGUGUGAAUGCAAUCGCUCUCAAAAGCUCCGGAGCGGCGCUUGUCAAGAUAUCCGGUCGUUCAGUGUAAAUUUAUGUAUGGC